UAGUGGCAAGGCGGUUGCCACCCGUGCAAUGUUGAAGUUUUUCCCGCGAAAAGCCGCACUCAUCCUCACCAGAAGGCUUCUACUCAUUCCGAGAUUAAUAUCAUCACCGCCAUCUCCAUCUUCUUCUUCUUCUGCUUCGACUUGUAUUUCUUCUUAUUCACAGUCGGAUUCUUCUGCGUCCAGUCUUACUGACACUAUCCUCAACUGCAAAAGCGCUAAAGAAGCACUAAAGAUCUUCGAUCGCGCUUCGAGCCAAGUGCACGGAGCCAAGAAACCGGCGCUCUACUCGGCGAUCGUCUGCGUGUUGACCAGGGCCAAGUUGUAUGUGCAGGCCAGGUGUUUGAUAAAAGGCCUCAUGCAAGACCUCCUCAAGACCCGCAGCCCCCACCGCGCCUGCUUGUCGGUGUUCAACCUGCUUCGCCGGUUUGAAAGCUGCAAAUCCGAUCGCAAUGCGUAUGGAGUGUUGGUCAUUGCGUUAUCUGAAAUGGGUCUUGUUGACGAGGCCUAUUGGGUUUAUCACAAGAUGGGGGAAUUGCCUGCAAUGCAAGCUUGCAAUGCCCUCCUCGAUGGAUUUGUCAAGAUGAGUAGAUUUGAUAUGAUGUGGGAGCUAUAUAAGAACUUGCUUUCACGCGGGGCUUCGCCUAGUGUUGUGACUUAUGGAGUAUUGAUUGAUGCAUGUUGUUAUCAAGGAGAUAUAGUGGAAGCACAGACGUUGUUUGAUGAAAUGGCUAAGAAGGGGAUUGAACCAACAGUCGUGAUCUACACGACUCUGAUACGUGGUCUCUGCAGUGAGGGUAAAAUGUUUGAAGCAGAGAACAUCUUUAGGAACAUGACGGAAUCUGGUGUACUCCCCAAUCUGUAUACUUACAACACUCUGAUGGAUGGGUACUGCAAAUUGUCCAAUAUUGAAAAGGCCUUUGACUUGUAUCAAGAAAUGUUUGGUCGUGGAACACUGCCUAAUGUUGUUACCUUUGGUCUCCUAAUUGAUGCGCUCUGCAAACGAGGUGAAUUGGUGGCAGCCAGAAGGUUUUUCGUUUGUAUGAUUAAGUUUGGGGUGAUUCCUAAUUUAGUUUUGUAUAAUUGUUUGAUUGAUGGCUAUUCUAAGGCAAGUAACUUAUCUGUGGCAAUGGAUAUAUAUGCAGAGAUGAAACAGCUUAAAUUUCUGCCCGACACCUUCACCUACAGUAUUCUUAUGAAGGGUCAUUGCGAUGUUGGUAAGUUGGAAGAUGCACAUUAUUUAUUAGGUGAAAUGAAUAAAGAGGGACUACUUGGUAAUCUGGUGACAUACAAUAUACUAAUCGAUGGGUAUUGUAAGGAAGGUAAUAUGGAGACGGCUUUGGAAUUGUGUUCUCAAAUGACUGAAAAUGGUAUGGAACCUAAUGUUGUCACCUUUUCUAUUCUUAUAAAUGGUUACUGCAAAAUGAGGAACAUGGAGGCUGCCAUGGGAGUAUAUACAGAAAUGGUAAUCAAGGGUUUUGAGCCUGAUGUGGUUGUUUAUACAGCUUUGAUUGAUGGACAUUUCAAAGUUGGCAAUGCAAAGGCAGCUCUCCGUCUGCAUAAGGAGAUGCUAGAGGCAGGCCUCACCCCUAAUGUUUUCACUCUUACUUGCCUGGUUGAUGGACUAUGCAAGGACGGAAAAACGAAUGAAGCAAUAAAACUUUUCUUAGAUAAAACUAGAGCUCCCUCCAAUGGGGGUGAGAUGGAUCAGGUGAAUUGUGGCUGCUAUUCCCCAAAUCAUGUUAUGUAUACAGCUUUGAUUGAAGCUCUGUGCAAGGACGGGCAGAUUUUCAAAGCCAGUAAAUUUUUCUCAGAUAUGCGCCACAAUGGUUUGAAACCAGAUGUGCUUAUUUACAAAGUCAUUAUGCAGGCCCAUUUUCGGGCAAAACAUAGGCUUCAUGUGAUGAUAUUGCACGCAGACAUGUUAAAAAUGGGUCUCAUGUCAAACCCAAACAUCUACCAGGCCUUGAUUAUAGGAUAUCAAGAGAUAGGAAAUCUUGAAUCAGCAGUUAGGUGUUCUCAGGAUGUAUUAAGAUCAGGCCUUUUGAAUCCGGAACUUCCUUUAACACAAUAUUUUCUUUCUCACCCGACGUGUAGUCUUGCGGGCAAUGGGUAAAUAAC